UCGUGUUUAAUAAUCUGGUGUUGUUUUUAUCAUUAACCCAGUGACAUGGCAAGUCCUGCUCCUGCAACCACGCAGCAGCCACUGCCACUAGAUGUUGAUGAGUUACUCAAGUACGGGACUUCUAAACCUCUACCAUUUAUAGUGACAGAUGAGAAAGGCAUGUUUUAUGUCGACCCUGAUACGGCAAAGAUCAUCGCAGCCAUCAACAAGCCGCUCGUCGUCGUUUCCAUCGUGGGCAAGUACCGAACCGGCAAAUCUUUCUUCAUGAACCGCCUGGCGGGGUCAAACACCGGUUUCUCACUGGGACGGGGUAUAGAAGCAAAAACCAAAGGCAUCUGGGUAUGGCCAAGACCCCACCCUGAUAAUGACAAGUACCUCUUGCUGCUGGACACAGAGGGACUGGGUGAUGUACAGAAGGGAGAUGAACACCAUGACAUGUGGAUUUUUGUCAUGGCUGUCCUGAUGAGCACCACGCUGGUGUGGAACAUCAUGGGGGCCCUUGAUCAUCACAGCUUAGAGCAACUCAACUUUAUAACCAACAUCACUGAGCAUGUGCAGACAAAAAAUACACAAGCAGAAAAUGAACAGGAAUUGGAAGUUCAUAACUACUUCCCAAAUUUCAUCGUGUGCUUACGGGACUUCACACUGGAACUUGAGCUAAAUGAAACGUCCUGCACAGCUGAUGAGUACAUGGAGCACUCCCUGAAACCGCCAAAAAACGAGGAACUGAGAAAGCAGCGAGAAAAGCUAUGCACCUACUUGAAGAUCCCUCUCACAUUGACCGACGCAACAGAGAGCUCCAUGAUCAAGAGUGCCUAG